CCCUCAUUCUCAUCAGCACACUUCGCCUCGUGGUCGCUCUCAUCAGGGUGUGAACUGGCUCUUGACGGUGGAUCUUUCCACUGCAGCGGUAAUGGGGCUGCUGGACGAGUUGGAUGCGCUCGGCGGAGCAAGCACAGGCAGAAGCUCGAACAGCAACAUCGUCAGAAAACAACCAAGCAUGACCAAUCAGCCCCUUUCAAAACGUGCGCGUCGUGAUACCAAAGACGACGCCGGCUCCACGGUCAGGGAUGCUAUUUUAGAUCCUGACAAAUGCGCCGCCGGAGGUGCGGAACGCGUGAUCGAAACGAUCGAAAUCGAGGACUCUCCCAUUCGACCUGCGACCAAUGGGACCAACACUGAUGCCAGUGGAGAGAUGCCCAAGUACGUCUCGUGGUCGCUAGAAGCUCUACAGACAGAGUGCAAAAAGUACGGCUUCAAAGCUGGUCGAGACAAGGAUGUGCUGGUGGAGCACCUGAUAGCCUGCUGGCGCGUGCUCAACCAUUCCGCUCCUUCCAAAAACGCGUCCGUCUCGUCUCCGCUGACAGAAAGGCAGGCCCAUCAAGCACUCCCGCUACCCUCUUCUUCAGCCGGAGAUACGACCGCCACCACAUCCCAGUGGAGUCUGGGCGUGGCCAAUGGAGAAGAGGCAGAAGCUGGAGAUUUGACAGUACAGCUGACCAAUGAAGCAGCCGCUUCAAGCCAACAGAUCGACGUGAUCGAUUCGUCAAGCGACACCGAAGCGUCUGCAUCUUCCGCAGAAGAUUCCGAAGCGCCUCUCGCUCUGGGUCUCAAUCGACGAGCAUCCGGCUCGAGGUUCAGAAGACAGGUCGAAGCCCGGGCGAUGGGCCAGACAACAAGAGGUGGUCAGAAUGACGAGGAAGGAGAAGACUCGGACGAGGGUGAACCCGAGAAUGCUCCAGUGGACGUGUCCGCCAGUCUGUCUGCGCAAUUGGUGCAAGCAGUGCGCGCAGACGCCCAGCUUUAUCGUCGCAUCCUGCUCCUCGAACCAAUCUCCUUCGACGAGGUCGCUAGUGUGGCUCUAAAGGCACACAUAAGGCUCAAGAAUAAGGAUGUCUUGCGAGAUUGGCUCGACAUGCAGGGCAUCUGUUUCUACACGGGAGAGCUCACAGGAACGAGGAGCAGGUACUGAGUCAAGGCGUCACAUCGCGAGCAAUUCCGCGGGUAUGGGGUAUCAAAGAUACAUUACAGCGAAGACAGUG